AUGUCCUUGACAGACUUCUUGGCCGAUCAGUCAACGGGCUCUUGGGCUGAUGAAAUGGAAGAUCUGCCCUCUGCGCCUGCUGCCGCCUAUUCAGGGGAACAUGAAGGUGGCCAUGGCGGCGGUUUUGGUGACCGUAGUAGGGGAGGAUUUAACCGAAGUUAUUCCAGAGAUUCUCGCUAUGAAAGCCGUGACUCACCACGUGAUUCUAGGUUUCCUAGUCGCGCUGAACGCACUCCACAACCACUUCCUACAUCUCCUCCGUUUACUGCGCAUCUUGGCAAUCUUCCUUUUGAUUUAACUGAAAAUGACGUUGAAGAUUUUUUUCAAGAUUCAAAGAUUGCCAAUAUAAGAAUUCUUCGCGAUAGAGAUGAAAAGCCUAAGGGAUUUGGAUACGUUGAAUUUGAAGAUUUAACCUCUCUUAAAAAAGCAUUAGAGUUAACUGGACAGCCCCUUCGUAACCGGCCUAUAAGAAUCAGUGUAGCUGAGCCACCACGGGAGCAUCCUCAAGAAGACCGAACAGCAGGUGAAUGGCGUCGAGCUCCGCGAGAAUUGCCUUCACCGUCCCAUAGAAGUGACCGUUUCGGUAAUGAUAAAUAUGGUCAUCGUGAAGGACGGUGGGGUGCACGUAAUGAACCACGUGAACCUCGUGAAUCACACGAGCGAAGUAUUCGCAAUGAUCGUAGUCCUCGUAGUGAGCAUGCUGAAGUUAGCCCUCGUAGUGAUUUUUCUGAACGUGGAGGAUUUCGUGAUCGUGGCGAGCGUAGUAUGGAAAGAACAGAUCGCAGUAGAAGCGAUACAGAAUGGAGAGGCGGCGCCUUUAGUAGUAGAUCAAGUAGUUUUCGUGAACGUCGAUCUGAGGAACGAUUCGGAUCAGUAGCACCAGCCAAUAUUUCACCACCUUCCUCACCCCUUCGUAAAAAACUCGAUUUGAAACCUCGGACUGCUCCUACUACUCCUACAGUUGGCGAGACGUUGCAUGCACAACCACCUCAAUCACCUGAAAAUCAUUCAGUUUCGGCACCCCGAGCCAAUAAACCAAAUCCUUUUGGGGAAGCUAAGCCUAUAGAUACAGAUGAGGCACUAAGGCCAGGAAAAGAUAUUCCGACGAAAGAUAAAGACGAAAAAGAUUCCGAACCAAAAAAGAUAAUUGCCAAAGAAAAUGGCGACACUUAG